ACCAUGACCCAGAGACGUGGAACCUGUGAAGAGGCCCUGUUGGGGGAUUAUCAUGGGCAGGGUUUCAUACGCAGGUGCUGUUGACCUUCAGGGAUGUGGCCAUAGAAUUCUCUCCGGAGGAGUGGGAGUGCCUGGACCCUGCUCAGAGGGCCUUGUACAGGGACGUGAUGGUGGAGAACUACAGGAACCUGGUCUCCCUGGAUAUCUCUGUUAGAAGUAUGAUUAAAAAAUUAUCACCAAAAGAGGAUAUUAGCAAAGAAGAAUUAUUCCAAACAUUGAUGUUGGAAAGACACAAAAGAAAUGACAUCAAGGAUUUGGGUUUCAGAGAAGUCCAGCAAAAUAUGCAUGAGUUUGAAAGUCAGUAUACGUAUGAUGAAACAAAUUACAGAGGAGUAACCGCAGCCCAUAACCAAAAUUUCACUGGUAGAAGAGAUCAACAGCAUAACAAAUCCUGGAAUGAUUUCCCUCUAAAGCAGAGUGUUUCUGUAAGAAAAAGUACUUAUCGAAGUUACAAACAUGAGAAGUCAUAUAAAAGGUAUUUGUUAAAACUAAAAAAUAACAUGACCUGUGCAGGAAACAAGUAUAUAAAAUGUUUUGAAAAUGGAAUUGGAUUAAAGUUUCAGUCGCAUCUGGCUGACCUUCAGAAGUUUCAAACUGAAGAGAAAAUUUAUGAAUAUAAUCAAGUUGAGUUGAUCAAUGGUAGUUUUGUUUCACCACUUCAAAGAAUUCUUCCUAGCAUCAACAUGAACAUUUGUAAUAAAUCUGGGAAACUUUUUAUGCAUCCUUCAUUACUUAGACAUCAAAAAACACCUAUUAGUGAAAAACCUUACAAAUGUAAUGAUUGUGGGAAGGCUUUUAGAGAAAGCUCAAACCUCAUUAAUCAUCAGAGAAUUCAUUCUGAGCAGAGGCCUUACAAAUGUAAUGAGUGUGGCAAAGCCUUCACCCAAUUUGCAAAACUUACUAGACAUCAGAGAAUCCAUACCAGAGAGAAACCAUAUAAAUGUAAUAUAUGUGGCAAGGGCUGUAGUCAAAAUUCAAAUCUUGCACGGCAUCAGAAAAUUCAUACUGGAGAGAAACCUUACAAAUGUAAUGAGUGUGGCAAAGUCUUUUCUGAGUAUUCAAGCCUUACUCGACAUAAGAGAAUCCAUACUGGGGAGAAGCCUUAUAAAUGUAAUGAAUGUGGGAAGACUUUUAGAGGAAGCUCGAAUCUCACCAAUCAUCAGAGAAUUCAUUCUGGGCAGAGACCUUACAAAUGUAAUGAGUGUGACAAAUCCUUUAACCGCAUAUCACACCUCACUAGACACCAGAGAAUCCAUACUGGAGAGAAACCAUAUAAAUGUAGUGUAUGUGACAAGGUCUGUAGUCAACAUUCAAAUCUUAGAAUUCAUCAGAGAGUUCAUACAGGAGAGAAGCCUUACAAAUGUGACGAGUGUGGCAAAGCCUUUAUGGAGCGUUCAAGCCUUACUCAACAUAAGAGAAUCCAUAGUGGAGAAAAACCUUACAAAUGUAAGGAAUGUGGCAAAGCCUUUAACCAGUCCUCUAACCUUGUCAUACAUCAGAUAAUUCAUACUGGAGAGAAGCCUUAUAAAUGUAACGAGUGUGGCAAAGCCUUUAAUGUGUGUUCAAGCCUUACCCGACAUCAAAGAAUCCAUACUGGGGAGAAGCCUUAUAAAUGUAAUGAAUGUGACAAGGCCUUUACCCAAUUUGCAAAUCUUACUAGACAUCAGAAAAUGCAUACUGAAAAGAAACAUUGUAAACCUAAUAUAUGUGGAAAUGCUUUUAUCCCAAGAUCAAGCACUGGGGAUUAUCAGAGAAUUUGUAGUGAAGAGAAACCUCACAAAUGUCAUGUGUGUAGCAAAACCUUUAAUGUGUGUUCAAGCCUUACUCAACAUCAAAGAAUCCAUACUGAACAGAAACCAUGUAAGUCAUGUAUUUGGCAAAGCCUGUAACCAGGGCUCACAGUUAAUUAGACACCAGAAUAUG